UCGUUCUCUCUUUCGCGCAGUCACACCAGAUUGGACUCCAAAGAAUCUACACCGCGUCUACCCCAGACCCCAUGGGUUAACAGACCAUAUCCAGGAGAGGCUAACAGGUCAGCUAACCCAAUGAACAGCAACAGGAAGGAGGACAUGGAGAUCUCGUCCCACUACCGGCAGCUCCUGCGGGAGCUCAGCGAGCAGCGGCAGCAUGGCAUCCUGUGUGACGCCUGUGUCAUCGUGGAGGGGAAGAUCUUCAAGGCCCACAAGAACGUCCUCCUGGGCUCCUCGCGUUACUUCAAGACCCUCUACUGCCAGGUGAAGAAAGGGGCGGAGCCACAUCACCAGACGACUGUCACUCACCUGGACAUCGUCACGGCGACGGGCUUCAAGGCCAUCCUGGACUUCAUGUACUCGGCCCACCUGGCGCUGACCAGUAAAAACGUCAUUGAGGUGAUGUCAGCCGCCAGCUACCUGCAGAUGACCGACAUCGUCCAGGCCUGUCACGGCUUCAUCAGGGCCGCGCUGGACAUCAGUCUCCGCUCUGAACUGGCCGACGUCGAGAUGGGCGCUGCCGCGGGCGCUGGGAUAGGGGGAGGGGGAGGAGGGGUGGCAUCAGAAGCCUUGGUGUCUAUCAUAUCAGGACGAAGCUCCUCGCCCUGGCUGGGGAGGCGUACCAGCCCGGCCAACUCCUCUGGGGACUCCGCCAUUGCCAGCUGCCACGAGGGUAGUGGCAGUACCUACGGGAAAGAGGACCAGGAACCACCCAAGAGCCACGAGAGCCAAGAGGACGGUGGUCACGACUCCCAGCCCGCCUGGCCACACAGCUACCGCCCCAUCACUGUCAAAGAGGAACAAGUCUCACCCUCCUCUGUUUCUCACCCCCGGGAUGGACCCAAUGUGGGCGCAGGGACACAGGGGGAUCAGGGGGGAGGAGGAGAAGGGCCGUGGCAGCCCUCUGGGUCUGGGCGGAGGAAGAACCGGAAGAACAAGGACACGGUCAGACACAUUACCCAGCAGGCCGAGGGGGACAGAGACAGCAGGGCGGGGUCGCCGCUGCCCUCCGUGAUGGGCGUGACGGGGUGGAGCUACAAUGGAAAAGACAUCCCAGGUGCAGAUGUGACGGAGCCCAACAGCUCAGACAGUCGCGGAGAACGUCUUGACUUUUUCCUCAAACAGGAAGAGUCUCUGGCAGCGAGCGAGGCCAACUUCCUGGGUGCCAGCGGCGAAUCAGAUGAGGCCGGAGGUGGGACCGGGGGCAGGACUACCCCAUUGGUAGCCAAUCUGAGGGCAGCGUUGAUGAGCAAAAACAGCCUGCUGUCGCUACGGGCUGAGAUGCUGGGAGACGAUAACCCUCUCUUGUUUGAAUACCUGCCCAAAGGAGGGCACUCCCUCUCACGGCUCCACAACAACCACCACUACCAGCAGCACCUCCACAGCCCAACACUCCAACCAGGGGCCACAGCAGGAGCCGCAGGGGCCACAUUUGAUAGCAAACAAGGGGUUGCUUCCUCCUCCUAUUCCGCCUCCUCUCCUCUUCUCCUCCCACCUCCCCUUCCACCACCCCAACCAUCCUCCCGCCGUCCACCCACUGCCCCCCCGCAGCCCUCCGAGGCCAGGCCUCUGAUGGCCCCUGGGUUGCGGCCUGGGGGACCCCGCUCAGCGCUCCACUCACACUCAGUGGAGCUGGCUAUGGAUGAAGAAGAGGCCCUGAAGGGCCCUGAGCCCUGCUCACCCCCACCAGAGGUGGAUACGCGGGAUGAAAAUGAUUCUAAUCAGGGAUACAACAAAGUUCUGGAGCAUGGCCCAUCUCCCAUGGAGGGGGAUCAGAUGGCUGAAGAGAGGCAUGGUGUGUCCAGGGUGGAGGUGUUGGAAGGUGGGGGGAGAGGGGCCCUGUUGGGUCCUGCUUGGCCCCAGGAGCUGGCCUGCUCCCUGUGCAAACGGCUGUUCAGCAGCCUGGAGCAGCUCAAGAAGCACGAGUACCGCCACACCCUGUCCCUCAUGGCCCUCUCCCUGGACUGGCCUGACCCACAAGGCCCCCAAGCCAACCACCACCACAACCAGACUCACGCAUUCUCUCAGGGCCCCAUUCCUUCCCAGUCUCUCUAUCGCCUCCCGGUGGUUGAGCCUUUCCCAGCACGGUACCUCUGCUCCCAGUGUCCAGCCACCUUCACGCUCAAGUCCAACGCAGACCGACAUGAGAAGACCAUCCACUUCAAGAGGAAGCUGAUGCAGUGCACCUACUGUCUGAAACACUUCAGAGACCGUACUGAUCUACACAGACACCUGUCUUCUGUACACUCCAGAGAAAGAGGGCACUCGUGCCCGGCCUGUACCAAGGCGUUCAGCACCCAGAAGAACCUGGCCACACAUGUCAAGGUGUGCUGCCAGGUGGGGGUGGGGGUAGGGUCAUGGAGAAGGGUCGGGGUGGGGCAGUGUGGAGUUGCCGAGCAACUGUGGGGCUUGCAUCAUGAGAUGAAGGUAGACGCCCAUAGCAACCAUAAUAGUC